AUGGAUAAGUUAAAUUGUUGGGAAUAUUGCAAUCCAUCAAAUUUCAAUGACAGACUACCCAAACCAUACAGGUAUUUAAUUUUUCAAUCCUAAAAGUUUCAUAAACAAGCUUUUGAAUACCAUGAUUUUAAAUGA